AAGUGUUGUGUUAUCAUGUCGGCUGUUGAUCAGCUCAAGCAACAAAAUGCUGCGUUGCAAUCCAGCGUAGGCAAUCUCCAGAAAGUUGCCCAAGGUGCUUCGCAAAAUGCAAAGAAAGCUCCUACUACCACUGCGAAAGGUACGCCUUCAGCUACUACCAAAACCUCAACUCCUGUAAAGAAAGCUACACCGGCUGUGUCUCAGCCCAAAACUACCCCAUCGGCAACAACGCCAGUGAAGAAGGCCCCAGCAAAAUUGAACACGGCCGCUUCCAAAUCUACAGCUACAACAGCUGCUGCGAAGAAACCGGUGUCAUCCACGGCAUCGACAACAACGGCGAAAACACCGAGUGUCACACCCGCCAAAAAAGCUCCAGUAACAUCAGCCAAAACCCCCGUGGGCAACACUGUGUCUACGCCCGUCAAGAAAGCCCCCGUCACCAACACAGUGAAGAAGACACCCGUUUCCUCAGCUCCAACCCCCAAAGGACCAAACAUCAAAAACGCAGCGAUCCCAGCCUCCAAAUCCUCCCCAACUGCCUCCACGCCCAAGAAAUCCACCACCACAUCUACUACCCCCGUCAAGAAAACCCCCGCAAAACUCCCCUCCGCAAACCCAGACGGCACAAAGCCCACCCCAGCAAAAGCAACCUCUUCCUCCCCAGCCCCCAGCACCAAACCCGCGCAACCUUCCGCCCUGAAGAGCGGCAUCAACACCACAACCUCAACCCUCAACAAAGGCGUUGGCCUAACCACCGGUACGGUAAACACCGUCACAGACUCCGCCACCUCCGGCCUAAACACAACCGUCAACGGCGUCACGGGCGUCACGGGCAAAGGCCUCGACAAACUCCCCGCGGGCGUCGGGAAACCCGUCAAGCACGUCACUGAUGGCGUGGGCAAAACCGUGACAGGCGCGACGGAUAACGUGUACUACACGGCUGGCGCGGCAACCAAGGGCGUGCAGGGCACGGUUAGCAAGACCACGGGGGCGAUUGGGAGGGGCGAUGUCAAAGGUGUUGCCGGUGGGUUGGGGAGUGGUGUUGGGAAUACGGUCAAAGGGACUGGACAGGGCCUUGGAAACACCGUCUCCGGUGCCGUCGGCGGCGUAGGCUCGACGGUCGGUGGACCUCUGGGAGAUGUAGUCGGUGGCGUCGGAAAAGGAGCGGGCGACGCUUUGACUGGCAUCACGGGUGGGCUCGGAGAAGGCGUCGGAAAGUUGGGCAAAGGUGACUUGGUGGGCGGAGUGGGAACGACACUUGGAGGUGUGCAGAAGGGCGUUGGAGGGUUGCUUGGAGGCGUUUUUGGCGGAGUCAGCAAGGAAGAAGGGACGCCUGAGGAGCCGGAGCAGGAGGGUACGAAGUUUUUUUGA